AUGAAUUUGGAGCUGGGGGUACGCUUAUUGGUGAUGAGCGAAGGUAUUCUAGGUAUGCUGCAGUUACGCCUGCUCGGGGGCUGCAAGAGCGUCAAGGUGGCGACGAUUCAAGGAAGAUACCUCACUUUAGAAGAGCAGGCUUUCAUCAACGUCAUAGAGGACGACAUCGAAAAUUUUUUGAAGAGCCCCAGUCAUGACAAAAGCGUAUUAGUUCUGCCGGAUUUACCAGCUUUUAGACGCUUCAUCGUGCACAAAAUUGUCGAGGAAAAGUUCUGGCGCCUCACAACCUUCUCCAUCGGCGAGCAAGACAAACGAGUUCUGGUCAUUUGUCGGCGGCAAGAUUUGACGCAGGCGAUCGAGACAGGAACUUGUAAGCACACAGCGGUCCUCGAGGCAUUCGGUGAUAUCGUCAGAGGCGCUGAGGCUUCACCCAGAGCAAAGACCCCGAUCAAGCUCCAGAACCCGCGGAAAAUUCUCCAAACGCCACCGCCGGAUAUUGGGAGUAACAGCGAUCUUGGUCGGGAACGAAGCCAGCCGCAACAGCUAUACAUACCGCCUGCUCUCCGGAGGCUCCAGAACGGCUCCAAGACAAGUCAGAUGGCGUCCACCGUCAAGGGAGACGACACCAAUAACUCACGAGGCGACGACCCGGAUACCGGAAAGUCGUCUUCGACGGACGACGAGGACGGCAGCUGGGACAAGAAGUUUAAUGAUGACGGAGAUCCGGCGGAUGCUGAGACGAUGCGAGAGCUCGAGAAGGCUCUCGGGAAAAUCAAAAUCGUGAAACCCAAUGUCAUAAACUAUCUGGAGUUUUCGCCCUCUCUCAACGCACAAUAUGAAAUCAAAGAUGAGGACGAACGAGGGAACAUACUGGAGCUAUACGACUUCCCAACGGAAUUUCGCACGCAUGACCUCAACGCCUUUUUCGCGUCCUCCGGUCGAGACCUGGAGAUUCAUUGGGUGGACGACAACCACGCUCUAGCCUUGUUCACGACGUCUUCGGCAGCCAGACACGCACUCCAAAAUACUAAGGAUGGCAUGAUCAAACGGAGACCUUUCAGCAAAGCCUCUGAGCAGUCUAAAUUGAAAGCCAAAGACAUCGUCCAACUACCGGCGAAAGCCCGCCCACAGACGAGCUCGCUCACGGCGAAAAGGCUCGUUUCGGGCGCCUUGGGCAUCAGGAUACCGAUCAGUAAAGAAGAACGUGAGAAGGAGAAGCUGCAGCUCAAGGAAGCAAAAGAGAAACGGCGACUGGCAAAACAACAGAAGAAAGACGCUUGGGAAGAUGAUUAG